AUGGUGGCAGCAGGAUUCAACUGGAUUGACUCUUUGAAUACCCACGACCCUGAACGCCUCAAGACAGUUGUCACAGAGAGUUGUAUGGUGGUGUUUGCAGAACAAGAAUUGCCCUUUAGUGCAUACCUGGAAGAAGUGAACAAGAUCUCCGGAGCUUUCCCUGAUUUUCACAUUGACUGUCCAAAUGGUUUUAAGGUGGAAUAUGAUAAACAGCAGAGGAAUGAUCCAGAGACAUACUACUUUUAUGUCAAUGACGAAGGGAAGGUAUGGGAUUUCCAGAUUGAAGCCAAGGAGGGAGACAUGACGGGACCUGCAGGGCUCUACCAACAGAUUGGAGGAUUUCCCAUCUUGUAACCAGUGGUCCUGUUGUCUUGUGACUUUCUUGUGUCGUCUGAGGUUGUAGAUUGCAAGGCUGCACCAAAAUACAUAUAGGAUUGAUUGUCAGUCCUCCAUUUGGGCUGACACAAGCUCCUCCCUUGCUCACACCUCCAACCCUUUACUCAUCAUCUCCAUAGUAUCAUUAUAGGUAUUACUUUUCUAUAGUUCUUCAUGUUACCGCUCUCUACCUAUGCUCUCUUGU